UAUAUAUUAUAUAAUGUUACUGUAAAUAUUUUAGCCUGUAAAUAUUUUAGCUGACCAAAUAAAUUUGUCUGGUUGUAUUCUUCUCGUCUAUUGCUGAAUCAUACAUUUAUAUAACUCGAUUACGUAUUUAUAACGCGAGCUUAUUAAAUAUAAGUGAAAUACUUUCUCGUGCCUGUAUUUGUAAAUAAAAUUCCGAGACGUUCCUCGAAUAAAGCGCGUUAAACCAAUUUUAAAGAAAUUUAGAGGAGAAAUAUUGAAACUGCUAAAAUCACGAGGGAUGGCGAAGAAGGGGUAGAAGAAGUGCGGUGACAGCGGAUUCCAUUCUAUGCACAGGGGUGGGAAAAUAAAACAAGCGCCACUGAGGAGACUACCGACGAAUCGUUGCCCAGUGUCUCGAGGGGCCGUGAAGAGGUUGCUGCGUCCCACAAGGUGCGGAGAAUUUCGAGGGUAGUAGCACAUUCGACACAACCCUCGCGAUCUCCUGGUAACCUACAUAGAUACCAGCGUACAACGAAAAACUAACAAGAUUUUUUUGUGACGAUUAUUUAAAAAAAAAAAAAAAAAAAAAAUACAAAGAAUUAAGGUUAAUAUUAUCAAUGAGCUGCUUGCAAAUCAAUAUUUGUAAAUCGUGGACCUAUCAAGAUACAGUAGAUUAAACGUGACGAACGUGAAACCCACCCCUCGGCCUAAAUAUACAUUGCCACAUGUAUCAAUGUGAUUUCGUACCUGUGUUCGACGGUAAUGCGUGUCUAAUCGUAACAUAAUGUAUCGUUCUAAUGUGUUAAGUUGAGAAAGUGGCAGUUUCGAUAUUGUGAUUAAUCGAUCUCAAAUCUGAAAAAAAAAUUAUCGACUACCGUUUUACCGCUCCGAUCAGCGCCAAAUGAAUUCUCUAUAAAAUGACAGUAACGUGCCUGAAUAUUACACAGGAAUCCAAUGUCUUGGAAGAAGAAAAUAAUUCGAAGACGUAUCGCGUGAAUGCACAAUGCAUCGAUAGUAAAUAAUAUGGCGCGGCUUCAUCUGCAGUCCGUGACGUCACAGUCACGAAACGAAGGGGAUGUUAGUGAUUCGAUUUAAGAGACGAACGAUAUAUGUGGAAUUGUAGAAAAAAAAAACGUGGAAAACGUUACCGUUGAAAAGUCGUCACUGUUGCAACGUAAAACAUUGUAAAUUACUUUACGGAAAUAUAUCUAGCAGCAAUUGAGACAUUGGAUAGAAGAGAACUAUUUACGACGCGCGAUUAAGCGAUUAUCAACGUCACACUGCGACUGAUGACAGUCGAUACCAAUAAUCGAAUUUCGAUAAGAUUAAUUCAAUUUUGUUGCUAUAGUUGACAAAAUAAAAAUAACGUUUAUGUAACUUGAGGAUUCGAGAUGAUACGAAGAACGUAAAAAAAAAAAAGAAACACGAUAAAAUUGAUAUUAGAAACAAAGAGAAGCCUAGCUUCGACGUGAGAUGGGAGCUCAGUAGCUCACUGAAGGGAUAGAAAAAGAAAUAUCGAACCAACGGACGAGGUCUCCCGAUUGCGAAAUAGAGAUAUCGAAGGCGAAAAGCAGCAGGUUGAUGUAAAGUGGGGAGAUAUUGAAAUGGGUCAAGAGUAUCUCUACGAUGACAGUGUCCGUUGUUCGACUUCACGCUCGAUGUCUUAAUGAAGAGAUCCUCCUGUGAACUUGUCACAAGAAUCAUUAAAAUCACAGUAAACACCAUUGUUUUUCGACGAGAUUAUUCGCUUCUUCGGAAUGUCAUUGUUCAUGCGACGGACUCGAGACUCGUUGUUUCGAUUAAUCACGGGAGAGUAACGUGCACGGAACAAACGGAAUUUUUAAUUGUUUCUCUUUGGGGGGAGGGUAGAAUAAAACCGUUGAAACGGAAAUGAGUAUCGACGAUGAUUGACGCGAGCACAAUUUUUAAUUCGAUUACGCUUCCUCGUUGUUAGUUCCAUUAUAAAACUUGAACGGAAUUGCACGAUGCAACGGGUUGCGUGCAACGAUUGACAAUGUGAUUACGUUGCGUUUGGAAAUUGCCGAGGAUAAUACGAGUAACCGUUCGAGAGGCGCAGGAAAAUAUUUUUCAUGGUUUACGGGUCGCGCAGGAUAACGGAAGCGACGUCCACCACGGGGACCACUUGGCUGUACAAUAUUACCACCCCAGAGAUGAGUAGCAGCGGUGGGUUAGGAUUCGGCGUCGGCGUCGGUGUCGGCGUCGCCGGUGGGCCAACCCUCGCAGCCGCUCAACAGGGCCAAGGGGUAGCCGCUCUCCUGGUGAUGCUCGCCGUGCUCUGCUUCAUCUUCGCCUAUUGUUGCUGGGGUGCGCCCUUCUGCAGGUCUCUGUGUAGACGACACUGUUGUUGUCGCCUCGAGGAUCCCGAACCAGACUCGCGAUUCGGCAAUAGCGAUCAGGCGAUGGUAGCAACGCCAACGAUUAUACUUUUGCCACACGGUAGGAUGCUUGUUGUGGAUGGUACGAUCUUCACGCAGUUCCAAACAGAUCCCACUGGUUUGGACUUGGUGGAACUUGGUGAUAGUAUGUUACGCGCUCAAAGGAACCCGCGCAGCAUAAAUCGGCAUCAGCUUCAGAACAGCCAGGGUAGCAUACUCGAGAUGGAUGCAGAAACGCCUAGCAAAGAUAGUCUAGGAUCCAUAGGUUGUUUUCCACCUCCAACGUACGAAAGUAUCUACGGAAAGGAGGAGUCAGACAUGCCGCCAUCGUAUUCCGAUAUCUUACUGCACAGGUUCGCCAAUCUUCCCCACGAAAUAGACAUACACAAUUACUGUCACGACGGCAAGGAAGAGAUCGAAAUGCAGAGCCUGGACGGUUGUCCCCACAUACUAGGCAACCCCAUGAACGCGUUAACGUAUCCCUACGCAACGACAGUGACGAACUUCUCGAGUCAGAGUUUUCCACGAAGAAACAUUUCGAGGAAUCCAUCCAUCAUCAGUAAUCCACUCGACAGUUAUUACGUAGACAACGAACUAGAACUUUAUCGAAUGACACAGGAGAUGGUACCGCGAGUGUUCAGUAACGCUAACUUCGAGGCCCUUAGAACUUACCAAGACGAGACUUCGUUCCACAUAGCGAAUGAAAACGACAGUCAACGACAGGCUGAGCCAUUGCCCAAUAAUGAAAAUCAUUGUACGCCUAAUAACAUUAUUCGAAACAACGAAAGAGUGCUUCUGAACGGUACCGAAGAGGUAUCUAGAAACGUAGCCACGGGAAAUGAAUUAAUGAACACGAGAAAUAUAGCUCGAAGCAUGUCGAGAAUUAGCCAAGAGAGCAGAAACAACGUGGACAAUUCGCAGAGAGAUAAUCACGAGACAGAAGCGAUUUAUGUUCGCCAAUCUCGGCCUGAGGAUCGUGUUAAUGGUCAGUCCUUGCAGAACAGGUGUACCAUCGCGAAUGAGAUUGAUAGGUCGAGGACGCUAGAAGAUCAAUCUAGUCAUACAUUUGAGAAUGCUCAGACAAUAGAUGAAACCAAUCACAACAACGAAUCUAAUCCAACGGAAUAUUACCUCAGAAACAGAAGCGCUGACGACAGUAUUGGUAGAUCCCAGAGAUUAGAAACCGAGUCUAAUUAUUCCGACGAGGAGACUAGGAAUUUUGGAGCUCUUGCUGAUAUUCGCGAAAGUCGCGUAUAACGGGAAAUCUAAGGAUCUAUCAAAUACACGUGAUUUUAAAAAAUUCGGUACGAGAAAUGUUAUUAUCGUGUAUAUGUUGAUAAUUGUGCCCAUUGAAAAAAUAUAUAUUUAUGAUAGGAGCAUAUACUGUCUUUGCACAGCUCUCGGUUCCAUGGUGCUUUUUUUCAUUAAUCUUUUUAAUUAUAAACAUCAAUUGUACAUAAAAUAGUAGCAUUAUUUGCAAUCGAAUUUAUCAUCUGUUUAUUUGUUUUCUCGAAUUAAAAUAAGCCUUUGAUUUUUUAUUUAAAAAUGAAUAAAAGAAGUUGGAAAAUUUAUAAUUUUCUCGUUAGUUUUACG